AUGUCAGCAGAAGAAUCUUCACCCAAAAACAACAACGCGUCUGUUCCAGCGGUUGAAGAACCUACUUCAUCAGCACCAGCACCAGCAGACGGUGAAGAUGUAGAUGUAGAAGAAAAACCUAAAUCAUCUUCACCAUCUAAAAAACCAACUUCAUCAAAACCUCGUGGUAGACCUUCAACAGGUGCAUCAACUAAAAAAGCUACUCCUUCUCAAAAUGAUGACAAAAGUAAUUAUGAGGUGGGAGAUAUCGUUUUAGCUAGAUUAAGAGGUUAUCCUCCUUGGCCUGCAAGGAUCGCUAAUCCUGAUACUCUCCCUCGAAACGUUCUGAAGCAAAGACCAGGAAAGAACCCUUAUAUCUACUGUUGUCAAUUCUUCCCUGCGGGUGAUUUCUCCUGGCUGCAAUCGAAGGAAAUCAAACCCCUUUCAUCCUCUGACAUCUCGUCAUACCUUUCUGAACCCCAUAGAAAGGCUACUGGCGGUUUGAGGGAAGCAUAUCAAACAGCUCAAGAUCCCACAGAAUGGGAUUCUGCACAAUCAGAAAUUCAACAGGCUAAAGAGGAAGCCGACAACAACGUAGAUGAACUGGAGGAUGAAGAUGAAGAUGCUCCUUCAGGUGGAAAGAGAAAGAGAGGUGCUCAGGAAAAGAAAAAACCAGGAAAGAAGGCAAAGACAACCAAAGCCAAGGCCGACGACGUAGAAGAGGAGGAAGAGGCUCCCAAAUCCAAAGCUAAAUCCAAGCCUGCCGCCAAGCCAAAACCUGCUACCGCUAAAGGAUCUAAAGCUCCUGUAUCGAAACCAGAGAAUCAAGAGCCUGCAGAUGAUGAUCCCCUCGCAACCAAUCCCGAAUGUGUAAAAGUGAAAGAUUGGCGACACAAGCUUCAACGAGCGUUCUUGAGCAAAUCAUUACCUUCUGCUGAAGAAAUGCCAAGCUACGAUGAUUUAUUCAAGACUAUUGAAUCAUACGAUUCGAUGACAAUAGAUGCCCUGCAGUAUUCCAAAAUCGGUAAAGUCAUGAAGAAAAUUAUGACUCUCACUGAGAUUCCUCGAAAUGACGAUUUCAAGAUCACCGAUCGAGCGUCCAAAUUGAUGCACCAAUGGACAGAUUUCAUAGCUUCAAGUGAAGGAAAACCCAACGGAAACGGAGAAGCUCCCACCAAUGGAGAAAAGAAAGAAGAGGAGAAAACAGAAACAAAGGCUGAUGAUUCAGAAAAGGCCACAGAAGAGGGAAAGAAAAUGGAGGUAGAUGCCUAA